AUGCUGUUUGAACGCGACUGAAACAAGGGGCGUGGGCAUUUCCAGAAUUUAGCAAUAGGCUGCUCACACAUUACACACACACACCGCUACCGCUUCACUCUUUACCGCGACGCUCGGCCUGACGAGACCGACGGACAAAAUGACCAGACCCAUGGACAAAAUGGACCGUACCACUUUCCUGUACAACGUACCGCCCAGCCUCAUCGAGCACUUGUGCAAAAUCAUCGACAGCGGGGACGACCAGUUCGGCUGGCGCGGAUUAGCCGCGCGCAUCGUGCCGAGCUGGCUCGAGGUGCGGCGCGCGGAGCGGCUCGAGGCGGCGGGCAGGAGCCCCGCGCGGGAGCUGCUGUGGACGUGGGCUCAGCAGAACCCGACCGUGGCGGACCUCGUCCGGGUGCUGGAGGACAUGGGACACCACUGGGCGCUGCAGCUUUUUGUCCAGCCAGGUGAAUCACUAUACUACGAUCAUUGUAGAAGGCCGACGGAAGAUCUGCCGGUGUCACGUGGGCACUUUUCACCGCCUGUAAAAUGCCAGGAAUCCGAUCAACUGGACGAGAGCUUUCUCCAUCAAGUGGGCCUGCUAAGUUUUUCUCCCUGCUCCACGGACCCGGACCCCGAGGGGGCCGAGAGACGCGCUCUCACCUACGACGACGUCGUCGGUGGAACCAAACACUUCCACCACGACUUGAAGAUCGCAGCGGGCAGUCUUUCGGACACAUACAAAGGCACGUUGGGAACUGAAACGUUUGUUGUCAAGCGGUUUAAAACGGGGAAUGAUCCGUUGUGGAAAGAACGAUGGGAUUCAUUUACCAGAGACACAGAAGUGCAUCACUUGUUUCAGCAUCCAAACAUCUUAAAUCUGUUGGGCUGUUUCUUGGAGGAAGGAAACCACUGUCUGGUCUACCCCUAUCUCCCCAACGGAUCUCUGCAUCAAAGACUACACGACCUGGUCAGUGACCACUGGAAGUUUCCCAUUCAGAAGCCGGCCCAACCCCUGUCCUGGCAGCAGCGUCUGUCCGUCAUCAAAGGGGCAGCCAAGGGGCUUCACCACCUGCACACGGCGCAGCUUCAACCCCUCAUCUGUGGCAACAUCACCAGCUCCCAUGUCCUGCUGGACCACGCCCUAGGGCCCCAGCUCUCCAACGUGGGCCUGUCCCGUCUGCGCCCGCCCCCCCCCCGCCAGACCACCGCCCUCAGCACCCAGAGUAUCCACGGCAACCUGGGUUACCUGCCCCCGGAGUUCAUCCGCCACGACGGGAAGCCCUCUUGCAGCCUGGACGUGUACAGCUUCGGCAUGGUCAUGAUGGAGACAAUCACAGGCCGCAAGGUGGUGGAGGAAACACCGAAACGAUCACUCCUGAGGGACGUGCUGAGCGUGGAGCGGGACGACAGCGGCGGCAGCGUGGACUCGUGCGUGCGCUUCCUGGACAGGGAGGCGGGGUCCUGGCCGUACCCCACUGCCCGCAGCCUGCUGCGCCUCGCUCUGGACUGCACCGCCGCGCGCCCCCGGAACCGGCCCUGCAUGGACACCGUGCUUCGGGAGUUGAGCCAGCUGCUGCCGGUGCCCAGCCAGCCGUCCCCGCCCCCCCCGCCGUUCAGCGCCGACGGCGGACGAGACCCCCACUACAGGGAGCCGGGUCUCCCCUUGACCUCCCACCCCCCCUCGACCCCACCCCCGCCGCCGCCACCUCCGUCCCCGCCGCCGCUCCAGUCCCACCCUCCGUCCGAAGACGGGUACCACGACGACGGCAGCUACGUGGCCUCCGGCCUCGGCCCGGACUCGGCCAAGCCGCUGCCCCGCGAGUUCAGCCAAUCGGAGCUGAUCUUCUGGAGCAGCUGUGAGGACCCCCCGGGGCGCCACGAGACGGGCGGCGACCUGAUGGCUCCGGCGCCGGGCCGGCUGACGGAGGCCGGGGUCGGGGCGGUGGAGGUGGAGGUGGCGGUGGAGGUGGAGGGGGGGGUGGCGGCUGCGGCGGUGGAUCUGUACAACAGCUGGCCCGUUCAGUGCAGCUGCCAGGCGGACUCCGGGGAGCUGGGCUGCGAGGACUGCAGGGCAAACGGGUUCACGCUGGAGCACUCGGACACGCCGCCAUUUUCGGAAGCGGCGUGCUACAGCUCGUGGAACGUCGUGGAGAACCCGGCCAAACAGACGCUCAGGGCCAAACUGGCACUGUACAACGAGGGUGUGCUGAACACGGAGGAACUGGUGUCUCUCUGAGGGCUUGGGGGGGGCCACCCUAUGGCCCUCACUUCCUGUUUCUCGGUACCUGACUUUCAAUGGCGUGUAAAAUGUUACACCACCAGACAGUGACGCAACGUUCCAAAUGUUAAACUAAGUGUACGAUUUGGAUUUUUGUAUUUGAUGGUCUAGUCUGGUUUUGCACACAAGUGUGUACACACACACACACACACACACACACACACACACACACACACACACACACACACACACACACACACACACACACACACACACACACACACACACACACACACACACACACACACACACACAAACACACACACACACACACACAUUAUGUUGCAUUAAUUCAUCUAACGUAAUGAAUUCAUCUACAAAUGUUACUCAACUUACACUGCCUUAUUUCGUUACUUAGUUAUUCUUAAAAAGGUGUUUUAGGUAUGCUUUAAGACCUAUUAUUUGAGGAUAUUAUGGUAGUAACGAUCCUGUCAGCUAUUAGUGAGGGAAAUGUGCCGGGAUGCUCUCAAUUUCAGUCACAGGUCACAAAUGACUGCAGAUAAUCUUUUACUAGUUCUCAUUCUGGAACAGUGUUUUUUUAUGUUUUAUUGUUCGUUAGUAAUUUAAAUACGUUUAUAAUAAAUAUUUGUACCUGCUUUACACAUGUGUGUGUAGCUUCCCAUGUGACCAGUAAUAAGUAAGGAAGUAACAUUAAUUCUUCCCGUAAACUAAGAUAAGGACCAAAAAGCACUAGAUGACGUGAACACGCGUAGCUUACGUUUACGUUCCAGAUAAAACAAUAAUUUUAAGUAUGUUUGCUUAUGUGUGUGUUCAUGACUAGACCUCUGUUUUUAUGGCGCUUGACCGAAGUGUGACGACGGGAGUGCGGUUGUAAACAGUUGGCACUAAUGAGUCAUAGCGGGGAUAAAAUAGUGCACAUGUACGCAUGUGGGAAAACUGGACGAUUAUUUAAUCAUUUUGUUUCGUGAUGGUGAGCGUCGUUAUUGUUGUAGCUGAUGAUUGUUUGUUUCGAAGAUAGGCCCGUCAUUCAUGCAGGGGCCUGUACACCCUAUUUUUAAAGCUGGUUCCUUUCAUUCACAGCUCAGUAAAACCCCAAACUUUGCAUUGAAACAUUUUAUUAUUAUUAUUAUUAUGCCUGCACAAUCUUGCCAAAAUAUUGGAUUACAAUAUCAAACGUAUUCAGAUUUUUUUUUUCUUUUUUUAAAUCAUUUUCGAUACAUAUAAAAUAACUAUAAAACAUCACUCUAUGAUAUCGUA